UGAAUACAACUCUUCCAAAAAUACGUAUAUAAAUAGACACAGCGUUGUUUACAUUUACAAAUUGGCCUUUGCGUAAUUACUGAAGUAAGUUAAAAUGAAUUAUUAAUGUAUUCAUUGAUUUAGCAUGGGAUCUAAUUUUUAAUACUGCAUUAGUAUUCAAGAAUAAUGAAAAUUAUCUGGAAAUCAGAAUAAUACUAGUAGAGUUGAGUCAACAAGUGAUUGAAUUGAAACAAUACCUUGCUCGAAGAAGAAAGAAGUUCAGGAGAUGGUGGAGCAAACCACUGAUUCGACAAAACUAUCUAACAGGAUAUGGUGGUUACGCAAUGACCUUUCAGUAUUUUCAACUUAUUGAUGAGGAGCAAUUUAUAAAUUUCACCCGGAUGAAUGUUCAGACAUAAAUGUAUGUGUAUGAACUUGUUAGAGAAAGAUUGGUCAAAAGAAGUCGAAGACCACCUUUCCCACCAGAGCUGAGAUUUUCUUUAACUUUAAACUAUUUGGCGCAUGGUGAUUCAAUUAGAAAAAAUGAAUGGUUUUAUAAUAUUGGAUUGUCUACUGUCAAACAAGUAAUACCAGAAGUAUGCACUGUUUUAUGCGAAGUACUCAUGCCACUAUUCCUCUCAUUUCCUUCACGUCAACAAUUUCAAGUCAUAGCAAAUGAAUUUAUGGAAGAUUUGCAUUUCCCAAAUUGCAUAGGAGCUCUUGACGGAAAACAUUGUAGGAUUAGGAAGCCUGGAGGUAGUGGUAGCUUAUUUUUCAACUUCAAAAAUUUCCAUAGCAUAGUUCUGAUGGCGUGUUGUGAUUCGAAGAAACGUUUUAUUUGGGCAAAUAUUGGAGAUUAUGGAUCUUGCAAUGAUGCAAGUGUAUUCGCUGAGAGUGAUUUUGGAAAUGUUUUAUUAAAUAAUCAGAUCCAGCUACCGCCUUCACAACCAUUGCCAAACACACACAUCCAAAGUCCAUAUGUGUUAAUUGGAGAUGGAGGCUUUCCAUUGAAAGAUUAUUUAAUGACGCCUUUUCUAAGAAACGAGAACAUAACAAUACCGCACCGAGUUUUUAAUUACAGACUGAGCCAUGCACGUAGAAUAAUUGAAAGUGCUUUUGGAGAAGUGACUGAAAGGUGGUUAGUCAACGAAUCAAGUUUAAAAUGGAAGCUAGCAACAUCAGAAAGGAUAAUUAUAAGCUCACUAUGUCUUCAUAAUGUUAUAAAAGACUUUUAGUACAACGAGGUAGGAAACAGAUGGAACAAUAAUCAUGGAAUCGUACCCAUUUUUCAACACCAGGAUAUUAACAGAGAUAGAAUACGGGAACAGUUAUGUGAUGUCCCAUGGCAGUGGGCAAGAAUGUAAAAAAGUACCACAAAAGAAGAGUAAAGCAGAAUGUUCAGUGCAGCUAAAAAUACAAGAGGGUAAACUUUAAGAAAAGAUUGUAUUUGAUUUUUUUUAAUGUAACAUACAGAUGAAGUAAUAAUUUAAAAAUUUUCAAAAAUGUGUAACUCAAAUUAUUGCAAUUUUA